AUGCAGCACUGCCAGCUGGCCAUGGCCAUCGCAGCAUCACAACCUCACAAGGGAUCGAUAGGGUCGCUUGCAAUGGUCAGCAGGCGGUCCGAUCCCCCCGAACUUAACCCCUGGUGGCUCGCGAGUCGCGAGGCGGCAGCACCCUCCCGCAGGGGGGGCUUGGCACUUGCACAUGCAAUUUCAAAGAAAGUGAGUUUUGGAUUGACCCCCAUGGAAGCUUAUGAGUGCUUGCCGCUCUCCAAGAUGCAAAAACCCAGUAUCAUUAUGAAGCAUUUUAGCCUUAUCGCUGCCUUCCUGGCAGCUGCGCUGGUUCCCAUCUCGUCCGCCAUGCAUGUCACAACCGAUGAUGGAUUCACUGCGGCGGCAAGUUUCAUUGGCGAGUCGGGCGGAGGCGGCAGUGACGCAGUGAAGACCUACGGAUACGACACAAAGAAUGGUGCGAGACUCAGGGCCUAG